AUGGGCGUCGGAGCUGCUGUCCUUAUCGCCGUGGCCGCUUGCGUCCUCCUCGUCAUCGGGGCCCUGUACGUCCGUUGCGUCAGCCGCCGCUUCAACGCGACCGUCGCCCGCAACUCGCCGCCCAAGAUCACCGGACUCGGGUCACCCUCCAUAGCCGCCCUGCCCACGGUCGCCUACCAGAGGCCCCGCGAGGACCGCGGCGCGUCACGGACGCUGUGCAGCGUCUGCCUCGGCGCCAUGAGCGAAGGCGAGUUGGUGCGGGUGCUGCCAGCCUGCGCUCACGUCUUCCAUGUCGACUGCAUCGACGCCUGGUUGCGCGCCCGCGCGACGUGCCCCGUGUGCCGCUCCGAUCUCAAGCUCUCCCACCUGGUGGACACCGAAGAGUCGGAGAUUCCUCCUCCUCCUCCUUCGCCUCCUCUUUCUUCCACCAGUGUAGUUUGA